AACACCGGUGACGAUUAUCUCAAUCGGUCCUGGGCCUCUCCUAGGUCGCCAUGAGGUGGUGCUGGCCACCCACCACCUCGUCUGUCGUGCCGGCCUAAUAUGGGGGAUCUCUGUUAUCUUUGUGCGUGUCUGUGCACUCCCCGCCUUCACCAACACGCGCUGACCAGUGCGAAAUAACCCUGACGGUGUGGGGGAGGUUCUCAUCCAGCAGCUGAAUGGUGAAAGGUCUGUAACCAUGACCACCUUAUGCUAGGGAGGUGGGGGCCUCUUUGCUCAGAGCACUUGGCUCAGACGCCCCAUCAUCAAUAUUGUCACUCCCGUGGUGAUAAAUUAAGUAACACUUUGUGUGGAGUCAGAGGUUGUUGUUUUUUGCACAGACUGGGCCCACCGCUGUAGGAAUGGGGAAUUUCCACCACCGGCGAUGGAGAUGAGCCCUCAAGCAUUGCUCCCUUGUCUCGCUGAAACAUCCCCCGCUCGAGGGCAAGUGUUCACGUGGGGGAAGGCCGCGCGGGGGAGGCUGGGCCGGACCGACGGCGAGGCCUGCGUCCCUGGGCCCGUGCAGCUCCAAGAGACGUUCCCCUACGCGGUCACCUCCGUGUCCAGCCGGCACGGUAUAAGGACCGGUCGCUGUGUUCCUUACAGCCCGGGCAUACGCACCUGUGAGAUCUCAGCCUGGUGCCCUGUGGAGAAGGCCACGGCCCCACGGAGGCCGGUGCUCGCCGGGGCUGAGAAUUUCACAGUCUUCAUCAAGAACACAAUCAGGUUCCCCAAGUUUGACUUCAGCAAGUGAGACAUUCGACACACGCAUAUAUACACGCACGUAUAUAUGCACAAAGACGAAGCUGCCCCAAAUAGCCUUAACAGACUGUAGGGGCAAGUGCUGUUAGUGAGUCGCACCUGUGAAGGCCGGAACGGCACACGAGGGGGUGAGUGGCCAGCACCACGCCCGACCGCCUUUGUCUCUCCAGUGGCGAUGUUUACACACCGCACCAGGUAUUCACCUGGGGCUGAGUCGUCCUACGUGUGAUUGUACGUAAGUCACUGCAUUGCACGCUUUCAGAUA